CAAAAGCAAAAGCUCCAGAUUUUUCUUCACCUCCUUUUCCCCACACACAAUAUAUAUAUGCCCCCCCUUCCCCUCUUCCUCUUCAACCCAUGACAAAAAAAACUCUCUCUCCCUCAAAAAUUAAUUCCAAAUAAAAAAGAAAUGGAAAGCAACACAGGAGUAAUAGCAAAGAGAGUGUGGCACAUGAUACGUGUAGCCUUCUUCAUGCUGAGAAAAGGCAUAACAAAGGGCAAGCUAAUGAUGCACCUCAACGUCAUCCUCAAACGCCGCAGCAAGCUCGCCGGCAAAGCCAUCGCCAACCUCAUGUUCCACCACCACCACGCCGCCUCCGACACCCGCCUCCAAUUCUCCGCCGCCAGGGAGUACGAGUUCAGCUGCACCAACACUCCCAACAACUUGUUCACCAAACGCCACCGCCACAACCCCUUCUUCACCUGCGCCCACGCGCCUCCCACCCUUGACGACGACGCCGCCACCGCUAACGCCAUCAAGAGCGUGUUGGAGAUGCUCAACAACGAGGCCGCCGUGGAAGCCUCGCCAGCAGCGGCUCUUCCUGGGUUGGGACGAAGCCCUUUGGUGGUGAGGCAGCUGAGGGUGACUGACUCUCCCUUCCCUCUUGCUAACUCCGAGGAUGACAGGGACCACCAAGUGGAUAAGGCUGCUGAAGAGUUCAUAAGGAGGUUCUAUAAAAACUUGAAGAACCAAACUUAAUUCUCUCUCUUAUUACUUUGUUAACAAAACAAUCUUCAUUUUCAUUAUUGACGUACGUCGUUAACGUUAUGCUUGUAAGCAGUUUUGGAUGUAUUAUUUUUAUCAUAAUGUGUAUGUCUUAUUGAUCGAGAGGAUGCAUGUUUAUUAGUUGCAUUCAGGAAUUUUGUAUCUUUUGUUUUUUUGCUUAUAUAUCAACAAUAAAAAUCAAGUUAACCAGUCUACGUACUUACCUCCA